GCUCUGGCCAGCCCCGGUGAUUGGUCGCUGCCCGCCAGGGUCCAGCCCUGGCCUCCUCUGAUUGGCAAGCGCUUGCCACCUCCUCACACCCCGUGCGAACGCUCCCCUAGUCGAGAAAAGGAGUAGCUAUUGGCCAAUCUGGCAGGGCCCGCUUUUUAGAAGCCUGACUUCCUUUGAAGAUGAAAGACUAGCGGAAGCUCCACCUCUUUCCCCAAAGGGCGAGAGAACUCUCUGGGCGAUUGGCUGAGAAAUGUAUCAACCCAAAUGUCACCGAUUUCUUCCUAUCCAGGAAAUUAGCAGACCCAUCAAUAAGAAAUUUAUCAGCCUGGCCGAAAGAGUGAGAGAACGGUUGGCCCUACAAAGCCAUGACAACUGGAGGCAAAGAGGGUUGCUCUACGCCCCGUCUCAUUGGAAAACAAAAUCAGAUCUGGGACCUAUUAAGCGGGCGGGGGCGGAGCGAUAAUUGUCGCGCUCGCACCCACUGCAGCUGCGCACAGUCGCAUUUCCGUCUCCGCCCCUGAGCCCCUGCAGCACCAACUGUCAUGGCGGUUGGGCUGUUAGGUUUGACCGCUCGCCGUCUUUGGGCGGCAGCGGCGACGCGAGGGCUCCCGGCCGCCCGCGUCCGCUGGGAAUCCACCUUCUCCAGGACUGUGGCCGCCCCACCCGCUGCGGCGGGUAAGCGGCCCCCGGAACCGACCGUGGAAUGGCAAGAGGACCCAGAACCCGAGGACGUUAACUUUUAUGCGACGAACCCAGACUCCCAUGGUUAUGACAAGGACCCCGUUAUAGACCUCUGGAACAUGCGAGUUGUCUUCUUCUUUGGUGUCUCCAUUACCCUGGUCCUUGGCAGCACCUUUGUUGCCUAUCUGCCUGACAAGAGGAUGGAAGAGUGGUCCCGCCGCGAAGCUGAGAAGCUUGUGAAAUACCGAGAGGCCAAUGGCCUUCCCAUCUUGGAAUCCAAUUGCUUCGACCCUAGCAAGAUCCAGCUGCCAGAGGAUGACUAACCAGUUGCUGAGUGGGGCUCAAGAGGCACCGUCUUCCCCAACCCCUGCCUGCCUCU